UGUGUUCUCUCUUGUACACCUACUACACAGACACAGACUACCUUCACAGUCUACACAUACACUCGUACAUGUACGUUAUUGUACAACAAACCACGCCUUCUUUUCUCUCCGAAAACGUAGUCGUUGCCUCCGUCACACGUUCUACCAUCAGAGUCCUGUCCUCACUUGGAUUCCCACCAUUUACUUGGUUUUCGGUACAAAUACUCCUCCGUACACCUUUGAAGCUCGAGAGCCGAUCAAACAAGCGAUCUAAAUCAUUUGGCCUACCCAUCUACCCACACCCAUACCCUCAGUUACUCCACUCCCUUUUGGAGAUUGGAGAUUGGAUCGAAACGGAAUUGAAUCUCAAAAUCUGAAGUUUGUAAGGUCCCUUGUCAGAUUUUCAAUUUGCGCACGUUCAUCUCCCGUACCUUCUUCACACCCUCACCCUCACACCCUCACCCUCACACCCAGCACUUACUUCUUAAAACCCCCUUCCAUCCUAAUAUCCUAACAUCCUGACAUCCACCAUCCUUCCCUCCCACCCCCCUUCACCUUAUUCAAAAAGUGUUCCACCCCCUUCAUUCUCUUUUUGUUUCAUUCGGUCUGAAAAUCCAAAAUAACCCUAGUCUCUCAUUAUUAAUUAAUCCUCGGAACAGGCCCGCUAAAAUCGAAUCUUUACUCUUACCCCGAAACUUUAACAUUUCCCAUUUUAUCGGCAAGAGGAGACGGGGCUCGUUGGAUAAUAAUACCCAUAUACUAUUGUGAACCUCCUCUUCGAAUUUCCAAUCCAGAAGUCAAAGCUUCCAUAUCAUCCACAAACACAUCAUACAUACAUACAUACUACACCACAUACACGCACACAUAUACACACAUACACAUUCACGCAUACACACAUACAUACCUAUAUUUACCAAAAGUACUUUCUCACACUUUCAUACUUCUACCCACAUCAUUCCCAGCAACUUUCUCCGAACCUUUUUUUGCCUUUUUAACUUUUACCAGCACAAACAUCUUCGAAUGAUUGUUUGAUUAAAAGCUGGUACAACACACCGUGCUGCUUGGAUGUUAUGGUGAUUGUCAUUAAUAAAUCGCAUUCAUCAUUUUCUUUGGUCGGAUCUCGCUCGGUAGGAAAGGUGGAUAUGGAUAUGCAACUUACACCUGUGUCAUCAGAGGAGGCUAUCUUCGAAUGGUCAGAUCAUUCUACUAGCCCAGAUCGAGACGACGUCGAAGAAAUCAUACGACAAACACAGGGAGUAUACCCAAACAUUCCAAGGCGACCAAGAGUGAUCCGAGCACCAACUCGUCGACGAGUUCGAAUUGACGAAUCUUGUGGUGAUUAUUCGAGUGUCAACUUUCAACAUUAUAAAUUUGGGAGAAUCGAAAUGAGAGCUGGCAGUAUGGAUGGUUCAGACGGUUCAAACUCCUCCGCAAUUACAGUCAUGACUUCGGCGACUUCUUCGUGUGGCGAUCCUUGGAGCGCAGGGGGAUUUGUAGAGGAAGAGCAAGAUGACCAUGAACAUAACGGAUCAGUAGAAGGUAGUUGGGAUGGAGAACACAUACAUGAACAUGAUCAUGAUCAAGAUCACGAUUUCGAUAUGUUGUUGGAACCAAAAUUGGAGCCUUUGGAUGAUGAGGUGAACUUGGACUCGGUCGCUCCGCGCACAUCUUCGACACUACCCUCGCCUGUGCAACCGAAACGACCCCGUGGCCGCCCGCGUAAAAAUCCCGUACAAACCAUCGAGCCAUUGCACAAGAUUGCGAAAGGAAGAUCAAAGACUGGUUGUGUAACAUGCAGGAGAAGAAAGAAGAAGUGUGAUGAAGCCAAACCUAGGUGUAUGUUUUGAGUUACCCGCAGACCCCCCGUCGCCCCUCCCAUGAUGUCAUUAUGCUAAUGGUCAUCUGUCACAGGUAUGAAUUGCGAAAAGAAUGCAGUCGUUUGUGAAGGUUAUCCCGAAAAACAAGUCUGGAAGAGUGGGAAGGAGAAGGCUGAAGAAGGUACACCCUUUUGGAAAUGCCAGCUAUCAAUACCGGAGAUACUGAUUAAAUCGACAGCAGCCCGUCUGCGUAGGGUCAGCUUGCCCAAUAUUACACUUCAGCCUGUGAUUCGUGGAGUUGAAACAUCUGGAGAUAAAGUUUUCUUCGAACAUUAUAUCUACAGAUUGAGUCACAUUUUCACAGUUGAAGGGGCGGACAAUAAUGCAUUCAAGGAUCAGUUACUCCCAAUGGCUGUACAACAUGCUGGUCUCAUGCAUUCAAUUCUUUCUCUUUCGAGCAAGCAUAUUAAUUAUGACUCGGAAUAUGGCCAGAAAGUACUACAACAACAUCCUGAUAUUGAUAGAGAGUCCCUAGAAGAAAGAUCUCAGUACCAUCAUUCAGCAGCUAUUGAGGAGCUUCACAACGAUUUGAAAAGACACGAAAGAGGCGAAACGGACAGUACAGUCAUAUCUGCCUGUCUUGGUCAAAUGCUGUGUCUCGUUCUUCAGACCCUCGCGGAUCCUAAUCCGAAUGGAACACACCGCAUGCAUCUUGAGGCUUAUAAGCACAUCAUCCAAAAAUCUCAACCUGAUGAAGGACCUUUCCUGAAUUUCAUACGGGAAUUUUUUCAAUUUCACAUUAUCCUCGAUGAGAUCAUCUUUCUUCCAGAAGGUCGCGGUCGUCUAGGUGCUGUGUCUGAUGAUUGGGAUAUCCCAUCCAAUAUCAUUCAACCCGACGCCGUCCGCCUUCUUGGUGUCAAUGAUGGUCUUUUCCUUUACAUGUCCAAGAUUACAAAUAUUCGCAACUCUAUUCGUCACAACAUACAGAACAAGAUUGAUCCCGUGGUAGACUAUAGAGCUCUAUACAGAGCCGCUGAAAUCGAUGCUGGCAUUCGAGACUGGACGCCUGCGUGGCCAGCUGGAGACUCUAGAGAUCUUGCGGGUCUACUCUACAAACAAAUGAUGUGGGUUUAUCUAUGGAGAACUAUCAAUCCUCCCAAGAACAAAUCUUGGAAGCCAGAUCCUAGAAUUACUCAAGCUGUUGACGAUGGAAUCAUUUUACUUCAGCAAGUACCACCACGUGAUCCAGCUCAAACUCUUGUUCUGGCUCCAGCUUUCAUAAUCGGUUGCGCUGCCUUUGAAAAAAGACAAAGGGAACCUAUUAGAAAAGCGAUUAGCGUGGUCAAAGCAUACAUGGAAUAUCGAAAUUCAGAUGCAGCUCUCAAGGUACUUGAAGAAGUUUGGAGAUUAAUGGAUGCUCGAGAUGAGAGGAGUUGGGAUUGGCAAAGUUUAGCUCAUGGAUUGGGCAUGGAUUUUUUAGCUACCUGAAAUAUUAUCAGUGCUCCUCAUUCUCGUUACAGCAGAUGAUCAAACAUCUAUUUACACAAAUCCGACCCCAAUCGGUUCACCGUAACAUCGCAACGGAAAUAUAUCCGACCCCGGUUCUACAAAGUCUAGAAUCUAUAUGCUGCGAAACGGUAACGCACCAUGAACCAGGAUCUCGCAUCACAUCUAGGAUUAUUCCACAAAAGAAACUCGGGUUGGACAAAAAAUAUGCACAUACGGGCCGAAAAAUCUCGGAUCAAUAAUCAUUUACCGCCUCGCGUUCCCAUGAUUUUCGUCCCUGGCGUUCAGGCUUACUUUGUCGAUCAUCCAAAUAUUAUUAUUUAUCCAUUUAUUUUACGACACGGCUUACAUCGUUCUUCACAAAUUUAUCCAUAACGAAACAUGAAUUCGGAAUUUGGCCGCGCUACCAAAAACUUGUGCAAUGUGUAUGUCACUUUUUGGCUUCGACACUCCGCUUCAUAUGAAUUACUCAAAGUUCGGGAUACCACAUCGGGGAUGUUGACACUAUUCGAAAAGAUACCUUUUGUUUUUUUAUUUAUCAUCCUAUCAUAUGUUUUCAUCCGUCGAAUCAUAUCAUUGGGAUUGUUUAUCGCAUUGCUCAAUCAUCCUCGUCACAUCAUAUCUUUGGGCGGCAGACUUGGAGCAUUUUUAGGUUGGGGUCCAGGAACCGGAUGACCUUACCUACAAUAAAAAAAAUUUGGGUGGUUUUUUAAUUCUUUCUUUCUUUACAAAAACCUCAUGUCUCUUUUGGUGGGAUGGAUAGGGGAUUGGAUGAUCCGGGUGGAAUGGAUAGGAUUAGGAUGGGAUAGGAAAGGAUGGGAAUGAUCUCGGUGGUUAGGUGGGUGGAAGGUGGAACCUCCUUCCAUGGGUGGAUAAUGCGGAUGCAUUGGAUAGGUUGGAUGGGACUGGAUUGGAAUGGACUGGACUGGACUGGAUUGGAUUGGGUGGGUUAACUGAAUUAUUUUUGGUACUGGUUAGCGAGUUUUUGGAUUUUGGAAUUAGUAUUUGAUAUGAUAUUUGAUAUUUGAAUUUAGUAUUUGAUCUUUGAUAGA